AUGGAUAAGGAAUUGCUAGCGGAAGACAUUCCUGUCUUCCUGGACUUACUACAAAGUAUGAGCAAAGAGAUUGAAUCGCAGCUGACUCCCUCUCUCAUCUCCCUCGGGAUGUCAUUCCUUCAUGCAAGGAUCCAAGUAAUGCUAAAUUAUAUCCUGGAUCUGCUUGGUGUCAUUCACCUUAAACUGCAUGGGCAAUCCUUGGAGAACUCUCCCAUCAUUGACUCCAUCAUUCGAAUGAGGACGACAAUGGAGAAGAGCCGGCCACUUCAGCACAAACUUAUGUACCAGAUCAACAAAGCCGUUGAAGUAGGAAUGAAAGGGAAAGUGGAUGCAGCUGAUCCUCUCCGAUAUGCACCCCAUCCUGAUGCACUCGUACCCAAGGAAGGUGCUAGUGAUGAGGAUGAAGGUGCAGAGGAGGGAGAGGCAAAGGAGGGACCAUCAAAGCCCUAUGUCAUCCCCAAGUUUGCCUCUGUACCAUUCCCAGGUGACAUGACUGAAAAUCAGGAAGAGAGAGAGGGAGAGAAGAAGCGGAAACGGGAGCUGAAGCGGGAAGUUUUGGAGGAGAUGAAAUCGGAAUACUUGGAUACACCGAUGGAGGUGUGGGAUUCAGAGUUCCAUGAAUCUGGCAGUCGCAAGGGAGCCAAGCGUCCCAAGGACAAGGAAACCAUUCAGUAUGAGGAAACCUAUUUUACUCGACUCAAGGAGCCAAAAGGGAAGUCAAACAAGAAGAGGAAGUUGAUGCGCAAGUUGAAGACCAAAAAAAGACACGUGAAGAAGUAG